UUUGUUUUUGGAUCAAUUCAUACCAUACCGACUUGCAAAGAUGCGUGUCUUCGUCACUUUUGAGGGCAAGAAAUCUCGUUGCCUUGAGCACGUCUGUCACUGCAUUCAUGUCGAUGUUCAAGACAUGAAAACGGUUUACGACUUUUUGGUCCACUUGAAGAGAAAGUUUAAAUUAAAGGACCAUUACUACCUCUGUCUGACAUUGAAAGAAUACUUCAUUGCUGAUUGUGAAAACAUUCGAGUUUUGCAGGAUAACGACUUUGUUCAGGUUCGGGUUUCGAAGCUAAAUGAAAGAAUAAGUCCCUACCCGGAAUUGAAAGAUAAACGUCAUGCUUGUAACGAUACGGUUAUCAGUUCGCAGGAAAACAUGUCUCAAGAAACUGUGAUGGAAACUGAAAAUUUUGACCAAAAUAGUGAAACUUUGAAAGCAGUUUCAACUGAAUGUGCAGUUACUAACUCGCAAGAGGAAAAUAAUAUCAGCCUUAAUCAGAAUAACACUAUUGAUAGUGUUAGUCAAAGUAGCCAGAUUACCAUUAAUGUUCCAGUUGGAUCAUCGACUCCGUCAACAGCCAGACCGGCUAACUUUUUUCUUCCCAGGAAGUUCCAGCUGAAACCGGUUGCGCCCAGGGCUAAAAUAAACAUGGGAAGUAUGGCAUUGUCGUCGAAUGAUCUGAACAGCCGAAAAGAUAGAAUAGAGGAUGGUAGUCUUAAACCUUACGAUAGAGGGAAUGAGCGAAACCAGAAACAAGUUAAUUAUAAUUAUUCGAGUGAGUUUAAAAAUCGAAGAGCAGAUAGUUUUACGAAGUGGUAUCAGGAAAAAUUGAACGACGAAGAUCCGGAUUUUUCUCCAACUAGGAAAGCGAAUGUUUCCGAGAGAAGCGAGCGAAGGGUGGCGACGAGAAGCCAAAAGAAUUCAGAAGAAGUUUCUAAAAUUGCCGAGGUGAAUGAGUCAUCGUAUUCAACCAGGUCUAAAACGACCGACAAUUCUAAGCCAAAAAUGAUAAAUUUUGUUAAAGAAGUCGAAACAAGUCGUUGUUCUGAAAAUGAAAUACAACCCCAAAAAGAUGAUGCAAAAACUGUAAACAAUGGAGAAAAUGUGAGUAAUUACGAUUUGAGAGAUAGAACCACAUCUAAAUUGUACCCAAAAUACAAGGAAAUAAAGAAAGGUCACAUUAAGUUUGACGACGACGAGGAUAUACCUGAAAUUUCUUUAGGUUGUAGUGAAACUGAACAAUCAAUGGAAACUUCUUUACCUAAAGUGGACUACACACCAAUUGAGAAGCCAGUUUAUGUAGAACCACCUCUACUUGUGAACCCGAAUGCAACUUACGAGAUCCACAAUGUCAAGACCAAAACAGUCGGAGAAAGUCAGACAUCAAAAGCGAGGUUCACUCGAACGAAGAUUAUAGACAGUGUGAUUGAUGCGUAUAAUAAGAAAAUGGACGCGGCGCUUGGUGGAAAUGAUGAAGACAAAGACGAAGAUGAUGAUGGUGAUAACGAUGAUACUGCUGAAAAUGAGACGAAUGAAACAGUGUUAGCUUUGCGAAAUCAGAAAGUACGAUCUUCGAUUGAACCUAAACCAAGUACUGUGUCCGAAAAUGCACUUAAAUCGAAUUCUGUCUCAAAAGUUUUGGAAAAUAAACUUGCCAAAGCUAAAACCAGCCAGAAAACAGACAGGCGAGCAAGCAUUGAAAGCUCAUCAGAAGACGAACGUGUUCAGAAACCGACCAAAAGUCCUCUUCUAAAGCCGGCUCCAGGAUUGAACAUUGUUUCUGUAGUUUCUCAACUGAACAAAGAGCUCUUUGCCAGUUCUCCGGUGCAAAAGACAGUAGUCCCGCAGUCUAAUCCAGGUCAACGGGAUGUGAACGAUAAUUUGAGCUCAAAAUUAAGCCAGAUUGAUAAAGCGUCAAUUAGUCAGACAUCUGCGGAGAGUUUGAAUGAAAAUGACGUAAAUUUCGUUGAAAAUACCUCCCAUGUUUCAAGUGUCACAACUGAAAGUGUUGAAGAAAUGCUGCAAAGGUCGAAAGAGUUCGUUGCUAAACGACAAUCAAACCUUCAAUUGAGCACAACUGAUGAUAGUGAUGGCGCUGUACACCAGCAGAAACCGCAAAAACAGUUCAGUUUAGAACCAAGCGAAGAGGGAUCAAAGAAGCGGAAGGCUUCGGAGGACUCGGAUAUUGAGGUAGUGCAGCCGAAGAUUCAAGAUCCAGUUACUGAAACGAGUUCAACCUUGUCUGAUAUCAAGAGGGUGAAAUUGGAUAUUUCCGAUGACGAAAAUGCAGCAGAGUCGGAAUAUUCUGAUUCUGGAGAUACUUCAAGUGAUGAAGAUGAAAAAGAAACAACCGGACAAACUGUAAAAGAGGUUAACUUUUCAAUUGGCAGCUCGUCAAAAAGCAGUACUGCAACAAAAGUCUCAAUACAAUCACUUAACGCAGCAAUCAAAAGGUCAUCGCCUCCUGUGAUUGCAAGUAUUAAAACUCCUUCAAAUGAAGCCAAUAGUGUUAAAGGCAGCAACGCUUCGAUUUCAUUGCCAAAUGGAACUCAUAAAAUUGUGACUACAAAUGGGCAUUCGACUACCUCUGUUACUAACCGAGGUUCAGGUUUUUGGGCGAAGUCUGGUAAAAAGCCGAAUGAAGAUAGUUCCUCGGAUGAAAGCACGAGCGAGGACGAAGCGGAGAUCAAAGCGAACAUCAGACGAACGAAUGUGCCGACUGUGAACAAAUCGUUAGGAGGUCACAAUAGUUCGUUUGGAGCUGUAUGGUCUCCGAAAACUAUGAUGAACGGGAGUAGAACCAACAGCAUGAUUGAGACGGGAAGCCCAGCUAUGCCCACAUCCUUUCCGAAGGCCAGGCCGAAUAAAUCGUGGAGUGCACGUGAACCUCAAACAAACAGAUCAGAGAUCCAUUUAAGAGAAGAACUCAUCUGCAACGGACAAGUGGGUCCCAAGGAACCAGAGCCCGAAAUUGAAGUUGUUGACAUUACUGAAACAAGUUCGAUUAACAUGACUGCGAAACCAGGUAGUCUCGAGAUGGUACAAAAACUGGUUCCGGUUGUGGGAUCCAAAAUAAGUUUUCGAGUGGUCGACUUGAACGAAAACUUCAGGCCGGAGUUGAUAGACAUUUGUGGAAAUGUUUUAGAAGUUGACACUGAAAAUGAUGUUAUUAAAGUUUCAGUUGUGAAGUCAAAAGACGUUGAUCUUGAUUGCGAUAAACUGUCAAAAAGAGCUUCAAUUUUACAGGAAAGUAUAAACGGGGCAAAUGAAAAUGAAACGGAAGAUGAAAAUGAAAAUGAAGAAGCUGAGAACGAGAAAGAAGAAAUAAAAGAGUACAUUAUCAGUCAGUUAUCACAAAUCAAGGUUUUAGAAGCAGAAACCGAAUCCUAAUUCUUUUGAGGAUUCGCAAAUAGACUGUUAACUAGAAAGAUUCAUAGAACUGAGUUUAUAGUUAGCCCUUAUUCUUUGCCCAUAUUUCCAUCCACUCAAAGUGGAAAAUAUUAACUGAAAGAGUGAAAAUCAGCUUGGUUAUUGUUUUUCUCUUAGUUUCAAUAUGCUUUGACCGACGAAUUUCUUUUUGGGCCGUGGGUUCUAAUCCCGCUUUGACCACGGUUGGAGGAGUCCCAGCGUCAUUCGCCUCCUCAAGGUGAGGGUGGCUACGGCAAAAUGGAUGACAUCUCUCUCUCCCCGCGGAAAAAAUGCCCAGGUUGAAUGGUUGGAGCUGGGCUGGGGGCUAAUA